UAUCGAGGAAGCCAAAGGGAACGCGAUUCUUAAAUAAUCGAUUACACAAGCGUCAAUAUGCAAUUCUCAACGCACUUUGGAUAUCCAGCGCAAAAUCAAACAGGAUGCAAGAAAAUUGUCAGGGAACAAGCCAAGUUUGACCUGUUGAUCUGUCUACACGUCAUUUCUCAUUCAUAUGAUUUGGCCCAGCAUAAAUGGAGGUGAGCAGACCAGAACAAACCCUGGCCACUUUGCUAGAGAAGGCCUUCAGGAUCAAAGAGGAUGUGGUCAAGAGUCUUCAUGCUACCCAAGGAUCUGUUUUGAUGGAGGCAUCUGCAAGGAAACUUCUAGAAAACCACAUAAAUAUAAUUACAAAUAUUGUCAAACAGCUCAGCAAGGACAUUCAGGUGAUGGAGACUCAGAUUGUUCAGAGGGACAGUAUAACAUCAGGAACAACUUUUGCAGUUCAAAGCCUGGAUCACAAGAACUUGGCUGUGGUUGGAGAUCUUCGGGGUAGAGUGGCCAGGUGUGAUGCCACAAUAGCUAAGCUCUCUGCAGACAUCGGGGCAGGAGGACAGGAAAUCCUGAAGCUCCAGCAGGAAGUCACAGAAAUGCGUUCUGAAAUUGAGCUCAGACUCAGAGACUUAGAGCACAAGAUUUUGGAGUCUCUUAGACGAUUGGGGACAUCACAUUCAGAACAGAUUGUGUCCCAGAAGAAUAGUACCGCAGACCUACAAAGAGACAUCCAGCAGCUUGAAGUGAGGACAUCCAGUGGACUAAAGAAACUGGAAGAGGAAACAGCCAGGAUCAGGAGAUGGACAGAAGAGCAGCUGAGCAACACAGAACAAACACAAACAAAAACUACGCAACAGCUUCACACACUGCUGCAGGACAGAAUGGUGGAAGUAGAGGGGAACCUGAAAGGACAAGUAGAUCUCAUUUCUGCUCACCUGGGCCGUGUGGAGAAGCAGUUGGAAAAGGAACGCUCCAUAGAUCGGGCAAAAAAAGCAGAGAGUAAAAUUAAUAGCAGAAUUCAGGCUCUGGAGAAGAGUUUUCAAGCUGAACUGGAACAAAUGAGGACAGAGUAUCAAUCAGGUUUCCAAUCAGUCCACGACGCCAUCGCUUCCCUGAGACACAUUAGUGAAACCAAGGCCAAACUAGACAAAGGAGAGCUGAAGAAAGACAUCAGGCAGAUUCAGAGAAUGAUGGUGGGACAGUCAGAGGCCUGAACUACACACAUUAUAAGAGAUGAUGAAGAAAAAUUAAGGCAGGAUCUACAUUGACAACACUCCUAAUGACUUUUUAAUGAAUGCUCAUUAGUUUGAUAAUGGAUAGUGCCCUAAUACACUAUACUGCCAAAAGUAUUGGGUCACCUGACCUUUCCUGCUAUAUGUGGUUAUUUUCCAAACUGCUACCACAAAGCUGGAGGCACGUACGUACAGGACGUCUAAAGAUGCGCUAUAAUAAAAUGAUUGCAUUCACUUGAACUUGAUAACUCAAAAACUGUUUCAGCAUGGCA